CUGCCCACGGCCUGCGAGAGGAGCCCGAGUUUGUGACGGCGCGAGCUGGUGAGGCCGUGGUUCUGCGAUGCGACGUGAUCCACCCGGUGACCGGGCAGCCCCCACCCUAUGUUGUGGAGUGGUUCAAGUUCGGGGUGCCCAUCCCCAUCUUCAUCAAGUUCGGCUACUACCCACCCCACGUGGACCCUGAGUAUGCAGGCCGAGCGAGUCUUCACGACAAAGCUUCGCUGCGGCUGGAGCAGGUUCGCUCUGAGGACCAGGGCUGGUACGAGUGCAAAGUGCUCAUGCUGGACCAGCAGUAUGACACCUUCCACAACGGCAGCUGGGUGCACCUCACCAUCAACGCUCCCCCCACCUUUACAGAAACACCCCCCCAGUACAUUGAGGCCAAGGAGGGGGGCAGUGUCACCAUGACCUGCACAGCUUUUGGGAACCCCAAGCCGAUUGUCACCUGGCUCAAGGAGGGGACACUCCUAGGUGCUAGUGGGAAAUACCAGGUGAGUGAUGGGAGCCUGACUGUGACGUCGGUCAGUCGGGAGGACAGAGGUGCCUACACCUGUCGCGCAUACAGCAUCCAGGGAGAGGCAGUCCACACCACCCACCUGCUUGUGCAAGGGCCUCCCUUCAUAGUGUCCCCUCCUGAGAACAUCACUGUCAACAUAUCCCAGGAUGCUCUGCUUACCUGCCGGGCGGAGGCGUAUCCCGGCAACCUCACUUACACCUGGUACUGGCAGGACGAGAAUGUCUACUUUCAGAAUGACCUGAAGCUGAGAGUGCGGAUCCUGAUCGACGGCACCCUGAUCAUCUUCCGGGUGAAGCCCGAGGAUGCAGGGAAGUACACCUGCGUCCCUAGCAACAGCCUGGGGCGCUCCCCCUCGGCCUCCGCCUACCUGACUGUGCAGUACCCAGCCCGUGUCCUCAACAUGCCCCCCGUGAUCUACGUGCCCGUGGGAAUUCACGGCUACAUCCGCUGCCCCGUGGACGCAGAGCCGCCGGCCACCGUGGUCAAGUGGAACAAGGACGGCCGCCCCCUGCAGGUCGAGAAGAAUCUCGGUUGGACCCUGAUGGAGGACGGCUCCAUCCGCAUUGAGGAGGCCACAGAAGAGGCCCUGGGCACGUACACCUGUGUGCCUUACAACACCUUGGGGACCAUGGGCCAGUCUGCUCCCGCGCGGCUCGUCCUGAAGGACCCCCCGUACUUCACGGUGCUACCAGGCUGGGAGUACAGGCAGGAGGCCGGCCGGGAGCUCCUGAUCCCCUGUGCUGCUGCCGGGGACCCCUUCCCUGUCAUCACCUGGAGAAAGGUAGGGAAGCCCAGCAGAAGCAAGCACAGCGCCCUGCCCAGCGGGAGCCUCCAGUUCCGAGCCCUGAGCAAGGAGGACCACGGCGAGUGGGAGUGCAUCGCCACCAACGUGGUCACCAGCAUCACUGCCAGUACCCACCUGACCGUCAUCGGCACCAGCCCCCACGCCCCAGGCGGAGUCCGGGUCCAGGUCUCCAUGACAACUGCCAACGUGUCCUGGGAGCCCGGCUACGAUGGAGGAUUCGAGCAGACAUUCUCAGUUUGGAUGAAGCGGGCGCAGUUUGGACCCCAUGACUGGCUGUCUCUGCCAGUGCCCCUGGGGCCCAACUGGCUGCUCGUGGACGCCCUGGAGCCCGAGACGGCAUACCAGUUCAGCGUCCUGGCUCAGAACAGGCUGGGGACGAGCGCCUUCAGCGAGGUGGUCACUGUGAACACUUUAGCAUUCCCCAUCACAACCCCAGAACCCCUGGUGCUGGUUACCCCACCGCGGUGCCUCACAGCCAAUCGGACCCAGCAGGGUGUGCUGCUGUCCUGGCUCCCACCUGCCAACCACAGCUUCCCCAUCGACCGCUACGUCAUGGAGUUCCGUGUCGGAGAGCGCUGGGAGAUGCUAGACGAUGCCAUCCCAGGCACCGAUGGAGACUUCUUCGCCAAGGAUCUGUCACAGGACACCUGGUAUGAGUUCCGGGUUUUGGCCGUCAUGCAGGACCUGGUCAGCGAGCCCAGCAACAUCGCCGGCGUCUCCAGCACAGGUACUUGGGGGUGGGGGUCCUUUUACAGCUGUGGGGACACAGCCCAGAGCCCCAGGGAGUCAGGUCCACGCUCCUGCUUCCACGGCGGGUGGGGUUUCGCCAUCUCGAGCUGUGCUGACCUCAGUGUCCAUAAGGAAGCUGCAGAGAGGAAGUUAGCAGAUCUCAUAUUGUUGUCAGAAAGAACUGGUUUAAGUUCUUUUUCUUUCUUUCUUUUUUUAAUAUAUUUUUAUCUCUGGGCCCUGUCGACGCUGGCGUGUGUUUUGGUGUCUCGGCCUCAGCAGGUCUCCCCCUCUCUCCUUCCAGACCCUCCGCUCUCCAUCACCCACUGCAGGAAGAGCCUGGAGUCCCCCCUGUCCUCGGGCAAGGUGAGCCCAGAGAGCAUCCGGACGCUCCGGCCCCCCUCCGAGUCCUCCGAUGACCAGGGUCAGCCUGCAGCCAAGAGAAUGCUGAGCCCCAGCCGGGAGAAGGAGCUGUCCUUGUACAAGAAGACCAAGAGGGCCAUCAGCAGCAAGAAGUACAGCGUGGCCAAGGCGGAGGCCGAGGCCGAGGCCACGACGCCCAUCGAGCUCAUCAGCAGAGGCCCCGACGGCCGCUUUGUCAUGGGGCCCUCCGAGGUGGAGCCCCCGGUGAAGGGCAGGCGCAUCGAGGGCUUUCCCUUUGCGGAGGAGACGGACAUGUACCCCGAGUUCCGCCAGUCUGACGAGGAGAAUGAGGACCCCCUGGUGCCCACCUCGGUGGCUGCCCUGAAGUCCCAGCUGACCCCUCUGUCGUCCAGCCAGGAGUCCUACCUGCCUCCACCAGCAUACAGCCCCCGGUUCCAGCCCCGCGGGCUGGAGGGCCCCGGCGGCCUGGAGGGGCCACCACCGUUCUACAUGCCGGAAGUGGGCAGCCCCCUGAGCUCGGUCAUGUCCUCCCCGCCCCUGCACAUGGAGGGGCCCUUCGGCCACCCCACCAUCCCCGAGGAGAACGGAGAGAACGCGUCCAACAGCACGCUGCCCUUGACUCAGACCCCCACGGGCGGGCGCUCCCCGGAGCCCUGGGGCCGGCCGGACUGCCCCUUCGGGGGCCUGGAAACCCCGUCCAUGAUGUUCCCCCACCAGCUGCACCCCUGUGAUGUGGCCGAGAGUCUGCAGCCCAAGGCCUGCCUCCCCCGAGGACUGCCCCCCACCUUCUGCCUGUCCUCGGGCAAGGUGAGCCCAGAGAGCAUCCGGACGCUCCGGCCCCCCUCCGAGUCCUCCGAUGACCAGGGUCAGCCUGCAGCCAAGAGAAUGCUGAGCCCCAGCCGGGAGAAGGAGCUGUCCUUGUACAAGAAGACCAAGAGGGCCAUCAGCAGCAAGAAGUACAGCGUGGCCAAGGCGGAGGCCGAGGCCGAGGCCACGACGCCCAUCGAGCUCAUCAGCAGAGGCCCCGACGGCCGCUUUGUCAUGGGGCCCUCCGAGGUGGAGCCCCCGGUGAAGGGCAGGCGCAUCGAGGGCUUUCCCUUUGCGGAGGAGACGGACAUGUACCCCGAGUUCCGCCAGUCUGACGAGGAGAAUGAGGACCCCCUGGUGCCCACCUCGGUGGCUGCCCUGAAGUCCCAGCUGACCCCUCUGUCGUCCAGCCAGGAGUCCUACCUGCCUCCACCAGCAUACAGCCCCCGGUUCCAGCCCCGCGGGCUGGAGGGCCCCGGCGCGUCCACGGGCUCCCCGUCCCAGAGCAGCCGCAGCGGGAGCCCCAGCUACCGGCCCGCCGUGGGCUUCACCACUCUGGCCACGGGCUACCCCUCCCCUCCUCUGGGCCCCGCGGGGCCUGCGGACAACUUGGAUGUGUUUGGACAGACGCCUUCCCCUCGAAGGAUGGGGGAGGAGCUGCUCAGACCAGAGCCCCCCCCACCACAGUUACCCACUUCAGGGACACAUCCACCCGCCCCCGGGAACGCCGCUGCACCUGAGAGGCUGGAGGCUCUGAAGUACCAACGGAUAAAGAAGCCCAAAAAGUCAUCCAAGGGCUCUUCGAAGUCAAAGAAACGAUCCGACGGUCCUGCCUCCCAGGCUCAGCAGCUUCCAAACUCUCAGGUCCUGUGGCCCGACGAAGCUGUCUGCCUCCGGAAGAAGAAGAGACACGCUCGGCCGGACCCCUUUGCCCGCCUCUCAGACUUGUGCCAUCGCCAGCUUCCGGAAGACCAGACGGCCAUCCUCAACAGCGUGGACCAUGACGACCCUGGCCAUGCCACUCUGCUGUGACGACACAACUCAAGUGCUCCCGGAGUGAGAGCGCGGGCCGAGGGCCGGGG